CUCACACCUCACAUAAUCCUCGGGGGGAGUCUGAGGGAGACGCGCCCUUAAGUCACAGUUCAUGGAAUGCACCCAAAGAGAAACACGGAACUUAUUCCAGACCUAAGAUUCUUGGACACCAUACCUUGUUUCCACGGACAAGACGGUUCGGUGAAUGAGGUGCAGGAUGGGCAGCUUGGGAGAAGACAUGCCACAGCAGGGUGAAUGAGGUGAAAGAUGGGCAGCUUGGGCGAAGACAUACCUCUCCAGGGUAAGAACCUGGAGAACUGCACGACGACAGAGAACACGUACAUGAUGCAGCCGCAAGGAGUGCCGGUGAAGGGGGAGGUUGACGUGGAAGACGAGGAGAGGCAAACGUGGUCCAAAAAAAUUGACUUCUUGUUAUCUGUGGUGGGCUUCGCCGUCGACCUCGCUAAUGUCUGGAGAUUCCCGUAUCUGUGUUACAAAAAUGGCGGAGGAGCCUUCUUAAUACCCUACCUUCUUAUGUUGAUACUUGGAGGGAUACCUUUGUUCUACAUGGAGCUGGCCCUGGGUCAGUUCAACCGGACAGGAGCCAUCACGUGCUGGGGGAGGAUCUGUCCACUGUUUAAAGGUAUAGGCUGGGCAGUUGUCCUGAUUGCCUUCUACACAGACUUUUACUACAAUGUAGUCAUAGCGUGGUGUUUGCACUUUUUCAUUGCUUCAUUUACUUGGGAACUACCAUGGGUGCAUUGCAACAACAAUUGGAACACGCCUUCGUGUUACGACGGUAGUGAGAGGAGGAAUCUAAGUGUGUCAAAUAUCACGGACCCCCUGUGGGCCAACUCGAGUGAGUUCACCGAGUACAGUAUUCUCACCGACAUCAGAAACCACAGCUACAACAACUCCAUCAACAUCACCGAAACACGCACGCCGGCGCAGGAGUACUUCGAGCGCGGCUUCCUGGAGAUGCACGAGAGCGAGGGCCUGUUUGCCGUCGGGGGACUAAAGUGGCAGCUUGUCCUGUGUCUCCUGGGAGUCUAUGUUAUCUGCUACUUCAGUUUGUGGAAAGGGAUCCACACUUCUGGGAAGGUGGUGUGGUUUACAGCCUUGUUCCCCUAUGCCGUGCUUCUGAUCCUGAUGGGGAGAGGCGCAACGCUCCCGGGGGCUGCGGAGGGUAUCAAGUAUUACCUCAACCCUAACUUCACCCGCCUCGCUGAGCCUGAUGUGUGGGUUGACGCCGCUACACAGGUAUUCUUCUCCCUGGGGCCGGGCUUCGGGGUCUUGUUGGCCUUCGCCAGCUAUAACCCGAUCACCAACAACGUGUACAGGGACGCUCUCAUCACAAGUACCAUCAACUGCCUGACCAGCUUCUUUUCAGGCUUCGUCAUCUUCAUGAUCCUGGGCUACAUGUCCGUUAGAUCUAACAAACCUAUCGAGAAGGUUGCCACCGGCGGACCUGGCCUUGUUUUCAUCGUAUACCCGGAAGCUAUAGCCACGCUACCGGAAGCUAUAGCCACGUUCCCUUGGUCAUCGUUUUGGGCCGUCAUAUUUUUCCUCAUGUUGCUGACCCUGGGUCUGGACAGUUCGUUUGGUGGAUCUGAGGCUAUACUAACGGCUGUUGGUGAUGAGUUCCCAAGCCUCAAAAAACACCGCGAACUGUUUGUGGCUGGGUUGUUCAUUCUCUACUUCUUCGUGGGACUCGCCAGCUGUGCUAAGGGGGGAGUGUAUGUCGUCACCCUGUUUGACAAGUUUGCAGCCGGGUAUUCUAUUCUGUUCGCCGUAUUCUUCGAAACUCUUGCCGUCUCGUGGGCCUAUGGAGUGGAUCGUUUCUCCGAGGAUAUCUGUGUGAUGGUUGGACACCGGCCGGGGCCCUACUGGUGGAUCGUGUGGAAAUACAUCGCACCCGUGUUUCUAGUGUUCAUUAUGGUGUUCGGUCUGAUUGGACACGAGCCGUUGACCUAUGACUCGUAUGUGUACCCUUGGCCGGCCUCGAUAAUUGGCUGGGGAAUCGCGCUGUCGUCCAUAUUGUGUAUACCCGGAUUUGCUAUCUACAGAAUCAUCACGAGAGAGGGGACGCUCACGGAACGACUCCAAUAUCUCCUCGCUCCACAAAACAACCGUGACAAAAGGAGGGCAGAAGCUCUGAACAUGAUCAGUAUAAACGGAGGCAAUGUUGGGGAGCCUGUUUGAAUCUUGCCGCCAUCUUAGUCUCAGCGUGGACCGGAAGUCAAGUCACGACAUCAGUCCCGGAGUGAAUGAAAAGGAAGAAACUGACUAGUUAAAACUAUCUCGGACCUAGUUGAUAUUACUGUUGGGUAUAUAGUCUCAGUUGUCUCUGUUCUGCAGAUACCCAUGCAGAAUUGUCGGAUGACGUUGACUCCUAGUUAUGCAAGUCAAGAUUGGUUGUUUUGUUUUUUUUCCACGUCCGCCCCUAAUAUGUUGUGUGUUAAGUGCCUUAGUUUCAGCAAUAGCUAUUCACAAAAAAGUAGUCCUAUAGCGCCUUUUGUGAUAUUUUAGCAACAGACAGUUGGAAAUCGGAGAUGAAAUUAUUCAUCUUUGACAUUUUCUAUUGUCACACUGACCAUGUCGAAUUUGCAUGUUUCACGGACUCGGUCGUAUACAAGGGUCAUUUUGACUUUUGUAGGAACCAUUAAUGAGGAUGUUUCUAAUUUUAGACAUCAUGAAACACGUCCUGGAGUUUACAUGCACAAUGAAUAUACCACUGAGAAGGUCAAAGGUGUUGUCCUUAACUAAUGUUAAUGUUAACUAGUGGUAUAUUCAAUAAAUACACGUAUCAUCUGUUUGUGUAUUGCAUGCGGUGGUGAACAUCAGAAUUAUUCAGAAAGUUCAGAAAUAGUCGAUAUAUCUUCGUUAAACCAUCAUGUGACGUAAAUAAUGACGUCAUAAACAUAAGACACGUCAGAGCAUUGUUCAAAUGUUGAAAACAUCGCACCAUGUUGUUAUAACCUUUGUUUUA